GGCCUCCAUGUGGGUGCCUUGGUAGCUGAUUAUUUGAAAAUUAUGGGCAUAGUUACGGCCGAUUGGAACGAAAUUAUGUGUGGCUCGAUGCAGUUGGGCAUACCUAAUUUUUCUGGUAAACGAAGUUCACUCUACAGAAGUCUGAAGCGUAUUAUUUUACGAAUAUACCAAGGACAGUACCUGUCUUCGUCGGGAGUUGGGUAGACGUUGAAGUAUAUGACUAUUCUAAGUUCUAAUAAGUUUAGGAGAACCUAGAUCCUCGUCUACCAGCAAGUAGAAUGGCUUCGGGAGACGUUAGCAUGCAAAAAGGAAAAUCUAAGGACCCUAAUAAUGAAGAACCACGUCGAUCGACAAGGUUUCCAGGGAUCUCGCAGUUGCUGCGAUCACCCAUGGAUCACUAUUCCGAUCAUAGCCGAGCAUCUGUCGUAGAUUUCCCUUCGAAGAAAAUCCAGGAUGCCAGUCAGGUCCAGCGCCUACUUAGCGUACCUGAUACCGAUGGGGAUGAACUCCUGCAAUUGCUGUGCCGCCGCAGCACUGAGCAACGGAUGGAAAUUAACUGCGAGUUCAAGAAGCUUUUCGAGAGCGAUAUCUCUGCCGAAAUUAAACGUGCUAUACCGAAAGACUCGGAGCUUCGACGCCUACUGCUAUUCCUCGUUACGCCAAACGACGAGUAUCUUGCCCAAGAGCUGUGGGAUGCACUCUGCGAUGCUAAAAACGUGGAUCUGCGUACCAUUAUUGGAAUUAUGGGUACCCACAAAUGGCAAGAUCUACAAAAGAUCCGUUGUGCGUACUUCCGACGCUUCCAGCGAUCUCUUGAGAAGGAUCUGGUCCGCGUCAAAAAUCCUUUGCGCUGCGGACUUCUUCACAUACUAAGAAAUGAAGUUGAUAAUAGGCCUGUGGACAUGAAUAAGACGAAAAAACACUCAGCUUUUUUGGGCAGAAGCACAAUUGAACGAGGUGAAGAAACCACGAAAGUUUUCAUGCAGGCUGCAUGUAAGUACGGAUUCGCCCACAUGCGUGUUGUAGACUUAGCGCGGCAAAAGAUAAACUUCGAGCCAAUAGCGGACGCGGCCCAACGAUUGCUAGGGGGUAAUGAAGGCGCUUUGGUCGCAACGCGAUUCCGGAUAGCGUUGGAUGAGCCUGCUUAUUAUGCGGAAACGCUACGGAACUCUUGUCAGGGUAUGAGUACAGAUCAUGCGACGGUUAUACGCAUCGUAGCCGGGAGGUCUUCUAUUGACAUGCAAGACAUCAAAGUAGCGUUUAGGAACAAGUAUCACCAAACUCUGGAGCAAUGGCUUCGUGGAGGCACUGUAGGAUUUUACCAAGACGGCCUUGUUCGGCUCACUCAUGGCAAUCGAGCUGAAGUAGACAAACUUACGCUUGUGCAAAAGCCAGAUUCAUAGGUGUAAUCCGUAAACCGUUGGAUACUUGAAUUUGCUGUGAUAUCAAAACAGGAUCAACCUUCAUCAUAAUUCCUGUUAGGAAAAAUUUUCGAACUCACAAUGAAAAAAUGGCGGGAGUAUGAAAAAUGGAGGGAGUAAGCACCUCUGUACGAUCGAGGCCAGUCUAUUGGCCUUAAUUUACUCACAUGGCAAAGCUGCUGUUGAUGUUAGAUCACUGAUCCAAUCCCUGUAGGGGAUCAUUCGACGAAAAUACUGUUCGUACACGACAUAAAUCGGUGUUUCAAUAUUUACACCGUUGAGCCAUAUGGACGACUGGCCACAGCUGCUUUCAGCGCAAUGCUCUACGCUUGCUCCGAUUUACACCCCAAUAACACGGCUCCCGUGGCUCUCGAACUCUUUGGGGGCGCUCCAGACGAAAUCGCGUGACAUGCGCCGAUAACUUCCGCAUGCUUGCUCUCCGUCACAGUCAACUAUUUACCAGCAGAGACAAGCUGCGAGUUCAAUCGACAGCUUGCCCUCGCACUGGGAAAUAGUGUUCAGGCAAGCUGCCGCCGCCGCCGCCUCUUCCGUCCCAGCGGUGCCGUAACUAUGUCCCGCAGUCGUGUAAAUUAUAUUGUAUAUGCAAAAAUCACUGUGCCACUGAUGUAGCCAUCGGU